UUAAAAGAAAUCCAAGAAAAGAAAAAUGAAAGGUAUUGGUGAGUGGUAACAAAUGCCCCAUGUGAAGAUUGACAUCUAAACAAAUAAGGGCAGAGUCAGCACUACUCAUUCAGGUCACAACCAAUCUACCUUUCAUUUUGAAAAAACAUAUAUUAACAGGCAUCUCCCUCCUCCCCACUAUCACUUCCUCCAUAAACAAAUACAUAUAAUAAACAACCCUCUAAAAUUCCAUUUCUCUCUGCUCAAACACAUCAUGGCCUAGCUGUUUCUUGGAUCCAGAGAUUCCGGGGUCUCUCACUAUAAUUUUUUUAUAAUACAUCUAUUUAUAUAUAAUAAAAAAAAAAUCCAUAGCCUACAAGACAUGAUUUGGUUUUUCUACCAUUGUCCCUCCUCCCUAGGCUCAUACCCCUGCUGCUGCUGCUGCUUUCUGUGCCUCUCAUUGGAGUUUGCAGUGUAGCUGUAAUGCCUGUUAAUCCAUGGACCCUCUUCUUCAUCUUCUCCUUUUUGUUGUUUUUAAUUGUACCCGCUUCCGGUGUCAACCCACAAGGCGAAUCACUUCUCUCGUGGAAGAGAAGCUUGAAUGGAUCACCGCAGGCGUUAAGUAAUUGGGACGCCACCGAUGAAACUCCUUGCGGGUGGUUUGGCAUCUCCUGCAACUUCAACAAUGAAGUUGAGGAACUCAAUUUGAGGUAUGUGGAUUUGCUUGGGAAUGUUCCUUCUAAUUUCAGUUCACUGAUGUCCUUAAAAAAGCUAGUCUUGUCGGGUACGAAUCUCACUGGUUCAAUUCCCAAAGAGAUGGGUAAACUCCGAGAACUAACUUGCUUAGAUUUGAGUGACAAUUCAUUCACGGGCGAAAUCCCAAGUGAGAUUGGCAACUUGUUCAAGCUUGAGAAGCUCUAUCUCAAUUCAAACCGGGUUCAGGGAUCGAUACCGGUUGAAAUUGGGAACCUCACAAGCUUGAAGUGGCUAAUUGUGUAUGACAACCAACUCAGUGGUGGAAUACCAAGCACCAUAGGGAACUUAAAGAAGCUUGAAGUGAUUAGAGCUGGUGGCAACAAGAACCUUCAAGGCUCACUACCACAAGAAAUUGGGAAUUGCACCAAUUUGGUGAUGUUAGGCCUUGCUGAAACUAGCAUAUCAGGUUUCCUCCCUCCGAGCCUCGGCCUCCUCAAGAACCUUCAAACCAUUGCAAUCUACACCACCCUCCUCUCUGGCCAAAUCCCCCCAGAGCUCGGUGACUGCACCGCCCUCCAAAACAUCUAUUUGUACGAAAACUCGCUAACCGGCUCGAUUCCAAGCAGUUUAGGAAAGCUCAAGAACCUCCAGAACCUCCUGCUAUGGCAAAACAGCCUGGUGGGUAUCAUUCCACCGGAGAUCGGGUAUUGCACCGGGCUAUUGCUCAUCGAUUUUUCGAUGAAUUCACUCACAGGGAACAUUCCAGAGACUUUGGGAAACUUGACAUUUCUGCAAGAAAUUCAAUUGAGUGUCAACCAGAUCUCCGGAGAAAUCCCAACCCAGCUCGGGAAUUGUCGCAGUCUCACUCAUGUAGAGCUUGACAACAAUCAAAUCACUGGUACAAUUCCAUCUGAAUUUGGGAAUCUGAGGAAUCUAUCAUUACUGUUCUUGUGGCAGAACAGACUCGAAGGGAAUAUACCAUCGUCCUUGUCAUUGUGCACCAAUCUUGAAGGCAUUGAUCUUUCGCAGAACGCGUUAAUGGGUUCGAUUCCAAAAGGUAUAUUCGAAUUACCCAAAUUGAACAAGUUGUUGCUUCUCUCCAACAAUUUUUCCGGCGAAAUUCCGCCGGAGAUCGGAAAAUGCUCGUCGCUGAUACGGUUCAGAGCCAAUGACAACAAACUCACUGGUUCGAUUCCACCGCAGAUUGGGAACUUGACGAAUCUGAGUUUCCUGGAUCUCGGAUCGAAUCGGCUCACCGGAGUCAUACCGGUGGAGAUCUCCGGUUGCCGGAAUCUGACUUUUCUCGAUUUGCACUCCAACUCAAUCGCCGGAAACUUGCCGGAGGAUUUGAAUCAGCUUGUUUCGCUCCAGUUCGUCGAUGUUUCGGACAAUCUCAUUGAAGGGACGUUGAGUCCGAGUCUCGGAUCGCUGAGUUCGCUCACCAAACUCGUCCUCGCGAAGAACCGGUUGUCCGGUCCGAUUCCUCCUCAGAUCGGUUCAUGUUGGAAGCUUCAGUUACUGGACCUCAGCAGCAACGAGCUCUCCGGUCAGAUUCCCGCGGGAGUGGGUAAGAUUCCGGCGCUCGAGAUUACUCUGAAUCUCAGCUGGAACACUCUUUUCGGCCUUUCCGGCGAAAUUCCGGCGGACUUCACGGCGUUGGACAAGCUUGGAAUCCUAGAUCUGUCCCACAACCAGCUUUCCGGCGACCUUCGAUAUCUCGCCGGCCUUCAAAAUCUCGUAGUCCUCAACGUCUCGCACAACAAUUUCUCGGGCCGAGUGCCUGACACCUCGUUCUUCGCGAAGCUGCCGCUCAGCGUCCUCGCCGGAAACCAAGACCUCUGCUUUUCGGGCAACCAAUGCGCCGCUAUCAAGGGCGGCUCAUCCACCAGCCACGCCGCUAGGGUAGCGAUGGUAGUGCUAUUGUGCGCGGCGUGCGCUCUCCUCGUGGCAGCGCUCUACAUUACGCUUGGAGGGAAGAUGAGGUCCCGCCGCCGGGCCCACGACGGCGACAUCGACGGAGACGAUGACGUGGAGAUGGGACCACCGUGGGAGGUCACACUGUACCAGAAGCUCGACCUUUCGAUUGCUGACGUGGCGAAAUGCUUGACGGCUGGGAAUGUGAUCGGACGUGGACGUUCCGGCGUCGUUUACAAGGCGAAUAUUCCGUCAGGGUUAACCAUCGCCGUGAAGAGAUUCCGGUCGUCGGAAAAGUUCUCGGCGUCGGGAUUUUCGUCGGAAAUUGCGACAUUGGCAAGAAUUCGACACCGGAAUAUUGUUCGGCUUUUGGGUUGGGGGGCUAAUAGGAAGACAAAGCUAUUGUUCUAUGAUUAUUUGCCUAAUGGUACACUGGGUGCAUUGUUGCACGACGGUGGCGGCGGCGGUGGUGGUGGCGGAGGAGUGGUGGUGCAGUGGGAGACACGGUUGAAGAUAGCGUUAGGGGUGGCGGAGGGGUUAGCUUACUUGCACCAUGACUGCGUUCCGGCUAUCCUACACAGGGACGUGAAGGCGCAGAAUAUACUGUUAGGAGAGCGAUACGAGGCGUGCUUGGCGGACUUUGGAUUAGCUAGGCUCGUUGAGGAUGAACAUGGCUCCUUUUCAGCCAACCCUCCACAAUUUGCAGGCUCCUACGGCUACUUUGCCCCCGAGUAUGGUUGCAUGCUAAAGAUCACUGAAAAGAGUGAUGUCUAUAGUUACGGAGUAGUUCUGCUAGAAAUCAUAACAGGAAAAAAGCCGGUAGAUCCAUCUUUCCCAGAUGACCAACAACAUGUCAUCCAAUGGGUCCGAGACCACCUCAAGAGCAAGAAAGACCCAGUUGACAUUAUCGAUCCAAAGCUACAAGGCCAUCCAGACACUCAAAUUCAAGAAAUGCUCCAAGCUAUCGGCAUAUCCCUACUCUGCACUAGCAAUCGCGCCGAAGAUCGCCCCACGAUGAAAGAUGUUGUGGCAUUGCUGACGGAGAUUAGGCACGAGGCAGGUGCAGGAUGUGAAGCCCACAAGCCGAUGAAGAAGUCUGAAGUUUCGUCUUAUUCAUCGUCAACGUCAGUGAUGACCCCGACUCAAUUGAUGCUCCUCCAAGGGUCUUCUAAUUGCUCGCUUGCCUACUCUUCUUCCUCGGCUGGAUAUGUUUCUGGGAUUAAUCAAUGAUGAAAUGUUGGAAGAAAAUUUAUUAGGACUGUUAGGAGUAGGAUGAUAUGAGCAUUGUAAAGAUUUAUUAGUGUGAUAAGGAGCUGAAGAAAAUUGAGUACAUAGUAGCUUAACAUAAGAUUAUUGCUCCUAAUCUCAUGACUGAAGCUAUUUUGCAAAUCA